AUGGAGGAGCAGGCAGGAAUCUUGAUGAUGCUGUUAAUUUCUACCCUCAGCGUUUUCAGGAUAAAAUUCGAUCACGUACUUAAUUUCACCGUACAGUCAAGCAGUUUACUACAAACGGGAGUGUUCAACCGAAAAAAAAGAGUUCGACGAGCAACAGUCACAGGUAGAAAUAAUGAAAUUAAUUUAUUAGCAGCAACGGCCGCUAAUCCUCAUGCAAGCAGACGAGAAUUAUCUAGAAAUAAAACGAAAUGCGAAUUAAUAAAUGCAUUUAACUCGAAGGCCACAAUUUUUAGCACCUACUUUAAUUAA